AUGUUUAAACUAGUAUACUUCUGGCUGCUAUUUGGCCAAUUGCUGGCUGCUGUCACGACGGCAAAGACCGUGGAGUACCACUGGACCACGGGAUGGGGCAUUGCUAAUGUCGACGGUGUCGCCGAACGACCAGUGAUUACUUGCAACGGAGAGUUUCCGUGGCCGGAUAUCCGUGUCACAAAGGGAGAUAACGUUCUGAUACACUUGACGAACGGGUUUAACGACUCUGUCACAACCACCACCUUGCACAUGCACGGCUUGUUCCAACAGGGAACCACUCAGAUGGACGGUCCACCUAUGGUCAACGCGUGUCCGAUUCAACAAGGUGACACUCUGCUGUAUAACUUCACCGUGGACUCGAACGUCGGGAUGUACUGGUAUCACUCUCAUACCGAGGGCCAAUACGAAGAUGGGUUUAGAGCCUUGUUUAUUGUGGAUGACGGCCCUGAUAACGAGAACUUUCCGUACGACUACGACGAAGAAGUCAUACUGUCCAUUGGGGAAUGGUAUGAGGAGACCGUGGACGUUCUAAGACCGAAAUUUCUGUCGUUGUACAACCCGACUGGUGCAGAACCAAUCCCCCAGAAUCUGAUCUUGAAUAACACACGGAACUUGACUUGGGAGGUUCAGCCCGACACCACCUACUUGCUACGUGUCGGGAACUUCGGUGGGUUUGUCUCCCAAUAUUUCUGGAUUGAGGACCACGAAAUGACUGUGGUAGAGGUGGAUGGUAUAUAUACAGAACAAAACACCACCGAUAUGCUAUACAUCACAGUCGGACAAAGGUACUCGGUGUUGAUCCACACAAAGAAUGACACCGACAGAAAUUACGCUAUCAUGCAGAUGUUCGACGAUACCAUGCUAGAUCUUAUUCCGGGAGACUUGCAAUUGAACUCGACGUCAUACUUCACUUACAAUACGUCGGCACCUCAACCGCAACAAGAUAUUGUCGAUGAACUGGACUUUUUGGACGAUUUCUAUUUGGUGCCUUAUAAUAAGGUGGCCUUGUUAGACGAUCCAGAUUACGUGAUCACAUUGGAUGUCGCUAUGGAUAAUUUGAUCGAUGGGAAGAAUUACGCCUUUUUCAAUAAUAUCACUUAUACAACACCAAAGGUCCCCACAUUGAUGACGGUACUAAGUGCAGGUGACGACGCUACAGAUCCGACCAUAUAUGGGACAAAUACAAACACAUUUGUCCUACAGAAGGACGAGAUUAUUGAAAUCGUGCUGAAUAAUAAGGAUACAGGUGUACAUCCGUUCCAUUUGCAUGGCCAUGUGUUUCAAACAAUCAUUAGAGACCAGACAUAUGAUGCAGAUUUAGGAGAGGACCCUGUGUCCUACGACCCAGAGAAUCAUGCAGAGUUCCCUGAAUACCCAAUGCAACGUGACACUAUCUACUUGAGACCUCAAUCGAAUUUUGUUAUUAGGUUCAAGGCAGACAACCCGGGUGUUUGGUUCUUCCAUUGCCACAUCGAAUGGCAUCUACUGCAAGGGUUGGCAAUCGUCCUUGUGGAGGACCCUCUAGCGAUUCAGGCAAACUCGUCGCAGGCCCUUACGGCCAACAUGCUGGAGAUGUGUUCGAAUUCAAAUAUUAGCACAAAGGGGAACGCUGCUGGGAACUAUGAGAAUUUCCAUGAUUUGACUGGACAGAACAUUCAAGAGAAAAAUGUUCCAAGUGGAUUCACUAAGAAAGGGAUCAUUGCUAUGGUGUUCAGUUGUAUCGCGGGGGUCCUCGGGUUGGUCAUGAUAGCAAUAUAUGGUAUAAUGGAAAUGUCUACUGAAGAAGAAAUGGCUGAGGUUAAAGAAUUGAUCUCGGAGGACCAGUUAAUGGAUGAUGAUGAAGAGUUCAACAAUUCCAAAGAGGGCGUAAUCGUUCAAGAGAUAUCAAAGGAUUAA